AUGAGUGAGAUGGACGGAGCUCCUAGAGGUCGUGGCGCGAGAGGGCGCGGUGCUAGAGGCGUGGCGGCAGAGGGCCGUGGCGGCAGAGCUGGUGGUAGAGCUGGAGGCCGGGGCCGAGGUCGUGGUCGUGGACUUCCGGCGGAUUCGGGAGAGAGUGGGCACCGAGUGUGGCAUACUGCGUCGGUGACCCAGUCAGUAUCCGUUGGCGGUGAGCCAGUGCGAGUGUUGCUGUUGGCUCGUUUUCCGCCAGUGGUUCCACAGGGGGCUCCGGGAGUACCUCCAGUGGCAGAGGUGCAGCAUGUUGCUGCAGGCGUUGCGCAGCCGGAGGCUAGUUGGUCCAGAGGAGGCAGACGCGUGGCGUCAGAGAGUGGAGCGGAACUUUCAUUCGAUCCGUUGUCCGAUGAGUACUGGGUGGAGUUAGCGGUCCACUAUUUGAGUGGCGAUGCUCAUUUGUGGUGGCAGGCCGCGGUGGGCCGGAGGGCAUUUUGGACUUGGGGCGACUUCCUUGUGGAGUUCAACGCCAAGUAUUUCCCGAGGCAGGCUCGUGAUCGUCUUCAGAUGCGGUUUAUGGGCAUUGAGCAGGGUUCGCGUUCUGUACGCGAGUAUGAUGAGGAGUUCAGCCGUCUGUUAGUGCAUGCGGGCUUUGGUAUGGAGUCUGAGCAUCAGUUGACGAACAGAUUUCUGGAGGGACUUCGCAAGGAUAUUCGGACUCUAUGCAGGAGUAGUAUGCACACUUCGAGGGCGAGUCUGGUAGAGUUGGCCGCGUCGGUUGAGGCGGAUCUUGGUGGGCCAGUUGGUCCGGUGGCUGUGCCGUCAGCAGUUGCUUCUGCUACCCAGCCUCGGGGUCAGCAUCAGCAGCCGCGACAGCAGCAGCAGCAGCAGCGCAGAGGUGGUUCGAGUUUCAGUUCUGGUUCUGGCAGGGGCGGUUUGCCUGCGCAGGGUCAGAAGAGGAGUAGAGAGGAGUUUUCUGGUGCUAGUCAGUUUCCUCGUGGUUCCUGUUUUGGGUGUGGGAGCACGGAGCAUCGUGUUUUGAGUUGUCCCAAGAGAGUCAGCACCGAGAGUGUGCUACUACUGCAAGGAGCCUGGGCAUAUCAAGCCCAUGUGUCCUAA